GUAGUCCUAAAGAAAUGCCCAAGAGCGUAGCUAGCAGGAUUAAUUUGGAAAAUAAUAAUAAUACAUUUUACAUCAGCUAUCUAUCCUAAAACUGUAUUUACUAGAAGAAGAUACAAAUUGAAAAACUGCAUUUUACAAGCUUCUUCCUCAUUCAGUGGGGUCAGAGUUCAGUAAAUAUUGGUGAUGUCAUGGUCUGAAGAUGGCUGAAGGAGAAAGCUGUGACGGUUGGUGGGGAGGAUGGCUUCAACAAAGCUUCCAGGCCGUUAAAGAUAAGUCAUCAGAGGCAUACGAAUUUAUAAAGCGUGACCUCACAGAGUUCUCCAACGUGGUGCAACAUGACGCUGCGUGCUCCAUCGUGGCCACAGCAAGCGCCGUUAGAACCAAACUAGCGGUGGAGGGCUCCUCUGAUACCACAGAGAAGGUGAAGAAGAGCCUAUCCAGUUUCUUAGGAGUGAUAACAGACACCCUCGCUCCUCCCCAGGACAUGACCAUCGACUGUGAUGUCAUCACGCUAGUGGCAACUCCAGCAGGCACCACAGAGGUGUAUGACAGCACCAAGGCUCGUCUCUACAGUCUGCAGGCUGACCCUGCUACAUACUGCAAUGAGCCUGAUGGUUCCCUAGAGCAGUUUGAUGCGUGGCUCUCCAGCUUCAGCCUGGAGGAGAGGAAAGGAGAGAUCUCUGACCUCCUGGUCAACACCCCCUCUAUCAGGGCCCUUUACACCAGAAUGGUGCCAGCAGCUGUAGCCCAUUCUGAAUUCUGGCAGCGGUAUUUCUACAAAGUCUUUCAGUUGGACCAGGAGGAGGCCAGGCGAGUGGCCUUGAAGCAGAGAGCAGAGCAGACUUCCCACACAGAGGCUCUGGGCUGGGAGGAGGAGGAUGAAGAUGACUUCCUUGGCGCCACGUCUUCAUCUCGCCUGGACUUCACGCCCCCAUUGGACGACCCUGCUACCCAGCUGUCCCCACUUACACCAGUCACAAUGGCGACGACCCCACUCAGCCCCAUCCCGUCUCCGAGCGGGGAGCGCUCCUCUCCCCUCUCCCUGAGCAGCGACAGCGGCAGCCUGCCCACCCAGGUGGAGGUGAGACCAGCCAGGCCACAGCCUGCAGUCGUGGAGCUGUCCCAGAAACUCAACAAGGCCAGCCUGGAGGAGAAAGAGCCAGAGGGGCAGCAGGAGGAGGAGAAGAGGGUUCAGUUAGAGGCCCCAGCCCAGCCUGAGCCCACAGAGAAGGCUACAGCUGAGAGAUUAACAGUCCAGGCCCCAGCUACCACCAUCAGACCAGAGACCGAGGGGCCCCAGGACCUGAGGGUGUUUGAGCUCAACUCUGACAGCGGAAAGUCUACACCUUCAAACAAUGGCAAGAAAGGGUCCAGCACAGAUGUCAGUGAGGACUGGGAGAAGGACUUUGACCUGGACAUGACAGAAGACGAGGUCCAGAUGGUGCUCUCUAGAGUUGAGGCUACAGGAGAGCUGGAGGAGGACUGGGAGAACUGGAACUGAUGAUUGCUGUGGCGUACUGUUUCUAUCCCGCCAUUAAAGCGAGUUCUCGGCAGACGAACCAUGCUUAACGUGUUUUACCUCUGUCCACGCCGUCACCGUGUCACGUUUGUUCGUAGGGGAAUGUCCCUUUGGUUUGGACCAUGUUGCUGAAGGCGCUAGCAUAGCAAUGGCCAUCCAAGACAAUACGAUUAGAGCCAAGGCACCAUCAGCUGUCAGUUUGUGCAUAUAGGUUUCAAUGCUGAUUUACUCAGUCUUUUUGGUUAUUUCUUGAAAGCUGCUGCUCCCUCUCUAUCUUCUGAAAUGCCAUUAAGUACAUGUAAAUUGUUGCUAGUGAGCUUCUUCAAAGUUAUGAGUGGCGGGAAUUAUUACUUCACUUUAGGCUGAAGAAUAGCCAUUAAGCUGUAACGCUGCCUAUCACCUUUCAUGAGAUGACAUUCUUCAUGUGAUUUAUUGAAUGGUGAAUAUAUUGAUUUAAACUUUAAAAAAAAGAAAUUAACUCAUCUAUCUUAUGCAAGUGAAUAUUCAUAAGGGAACAUAUUUUGGCCUUUAUAGAGCGCAUUCUUUUUGGAUUCACUCCCAACCCCAGAUACAUAUGACCUUGACAGACGAGCGAUAGUGUGGACAAGAUAUCCAAAUGUUUUGUCACACAUUUUCUAUUCUGUCUGUUUUCAUCCCUGCCCUGCUAAGUAAUUGACCUGAACAUAUCAGCUCUUCUGUGACCUCCAGGGGCCACGUUUCUGCUUUAUUUCCUGUCUCUGCUACAAUAAUCUAUUAUUCGAUCAGUCUAAUAUUAUUCUGGAUGGGAAAGGGUCUCAUUUAUUGUCAAUCGUCAAAAGAGAAGAUGAUGAUGCAAUAAAGAGGCUGCAAAAUG